CACAGAGGAGUCACAGCUGACCCGCACCUCCCGUCGCUCUUGGAUGUACUAGAGUUGUCUGUUCCGGACAUUUCGUCAUAUUUGGUUUCGUGUUCUUUCUUUCCUAAGAUUCAGUUCAAAGAUUCAGAAUCAAGCUUAAAUAUCCUUGCGAUUUAAAUACACGAUGUUUUCGUCGCACAGACUCCUAGAAUAGGCAAAGCAAAACAAGAAAGGUUAUUUGUCUCGACACGGUGCAUGUGAAGACUGAAUCGGUGCAUUCUCUUAAAAUCUUAAAAUCAUUCUGGACAUUGCGACAGGUCAGGAAUCCACCUGAAUCAAGAUGCUGGACGGAAUCAAAAUAGAAGAUCAGUUAAGAACAGGGUCAGACUCUCUGGGAGUGAUGUUUGGUUCAGAAUGUGCUCAUCAGAAUGUGUGUGAAGGAUGCCAGAGACCCAUUUCUGAUCGAUUCCUCAUGCGGGUGAACGAGUCUUCAUGGCACGAGGAGUGUUUGCAGUGCGCGGUGUGUCAGCAGCCUCUCACUAUGAGCUGUUACUCCAGAGAUCGGAAACUUUACUGUAAACACGACUACCAACAGUUGUUUGCCACCAAAUGCAGCGGCUGUCUGGACAAGAUCGCUCCCACAGAGUUUGUGAUGCGUGCGCUGGAGAGUGUGUAUCAUCUGGGCUGUUUCUGCUGCUGUGUGUGUGAGCGGAAGCUGUGUAAAGGAGAUGAGUUUGUGCUGAAGGAGGGACAACUGCUGUGCAAGAACGACUAUGAGAAGGAAAAAGACUUGCUGCAUUCUCUCAGUCCAGACAUGUCUGACUCCGAUAAAAGUGAGGAUGAAGAUCUGGAUGUGAAGCCAGAUAAAGGAUCAGGAGGUCAGGGAAAAGGCAGUGAUGAUGGUAAAGACCCCCGCAGACCCAAAAGACCUCGCACUAUUCUCACCACUCAGCAACGGCGAGCAUUCAAAGCUUCCUUUGAAGUCUCCUCUAAACCCUGCCGAAAGGUCAGGGAGACACUGGCUGCUGAGACCGGUCUGAGUGUAAGAGUCGUCCAAGUUUGGUUUCAGAACCAACGAGCAAAGAUGAAGAAGUUGGCACGUCGACAGCAGCAACAACAAGAGCAGCAGAACUCACAGAGACUCGGACAAGACGUGAUCUCCAGCCGAAUGGAGAAUCUGAUGAACUCCUACACGCCGUUGGCUCAGCCUCCACAACAUCAUUUGGUCUCCAUGGAUACAAACGGAUACAGCACAGACCCGUUCCAGCAGGGCCUCACUCCUCCACAGAUGCCCGGAGACCACAUGAAUCCAUACGGAAACGACUCGAUUUUCCACGACAUUGACAGCGACACGUCUCUUACCAGCUUGAGCGAUUGCUUCAUGGCAGCGUCGGAAGCCGGCUCCCUUCAGACUUGCAUCGGAAACCCCAUCGACCGCCUGUAUUCCAUGCAGAGCUCAUACUUUGCCUCUUGAAACCAAAUCUAGACCGAGACUACACACUCACGAAAACUUCUGAGCAGCCAAGCCCAGGCCUGCAACACCAGUCUUGUGUACGCCAACGAACCUCAGCUACAAGUCCAACUAGAGACUCAAGGUAGUAAGGACAAGAAAACAAAAAGACUUGUGCUGAAAACAAAACCAGAGCUUGGUUUUGCGCUGUAGGAGUGCUUGAGUCGAACCAGGUUCAAAGCUGUGCUGGCCAAAUGUAUGUGCGACACGGAACAUGUUUUCAUCUAGGUUUUGUAGGAAAAGAAAAAAUGUGGACAUAGACACUCAAACAAAUACUUUCAGUGGAGGCAAAGUACUUUUACAGCAGUACACCGAGCUACUGGGUAAACAAGACAUGUUAAGACAUUAAAUAGUCCAACGGCUUCUCUUGCAAAACUCUUCAUUUCAAGAUUAAGAUUUUGUGCUGUGUGCAAACACUACAAUAUGUUUUUACCAACAACAGCUGACAAAAAUGUCUUAUCAGAGGCAAAAUGAAAAAAUGCGGACAUGAAUGUGGAACUCUUUCAAAUGCUUUGGGAAAAUAACAGUCGAUGUCAAGCCGAAACAGCUGUGUGUUUAUAAAGACGACUAGCUAUUUAUUACGUACAUGUGCCAAGUUAACCUACAGAGCUUUAUUUAAAACAAAUUGUGUUAUAGUGAGUAUCUUAAACAUUUUUAUGUGCAUCCAUGGAAAAAGAAAGUGUAGUAUUACUGUAGAUGUUUUAAAGGCUGUAUAUGUUUAUUUCACUGUGCUAUUUAUUUGUCAUUUGCAUUCUUGGACAUUGUAGAGGAUGCAGUUUUAUGGCCAAAUUUGCUGAAAUUACCAAAGUUUGGUGUUACUAAAAAUAAAGAAAUGAAGGAAAAAAGAAAAAAAAAA